AUGUCGCUUUUUGCUCCUCGAGUCUCCCCGAUUUCUUCUCCCUCCUUGCGGUUCUGCGAUGGUCUGCUGGGACGAGCCCUGGCCCGUUUACGCCACGGGAGGACCCCGGCGGCCGCUCGUUUCGAGAGCGCCGCUCGCCGCGUGGAGGGGCCCGGCCUUCUGGACGCCGGCGCGGCGCCUCCCACCGAGGCCGAGGCUGCGGCCUUUCGCUCCGGGGUCGCGCGGCAGGUAGGAUUCCAUCGGGCGCGCCCUGGGGAUUUUCUCUCGCUGGCGAUCCUGGAGGGAGCCAGAGAGGGCUGCUACUCGCGAUGUCGUGCCAGUUCCGAUUCAGUGAACUAA